AAGGCUUUCUUGAAGACAGUUUGUGACGGUCUCCGGGAGCAAAGACUUCAGCGGCAGGUUCUGCAGGAGAAGCUGAAAGCUGUCGAACGCCAGUUUUCAGAUGCCAGUAGCAAGCAGGAUAAAAUCAAACUUCUGCUGGAAGACUUUGCAGCACAUACGCUUGCCAACACAAAAGCCGAGGAACAUAUUCGGGCAGUGCUUGACAACCUGGAAGCCUGGAGGACUUCGAAGGAACGGAAGGAGGUCGCACGGGCAUCCUUUGGGACCAGGAGCCAAGACAUGACAUCUGAGGAAGGCAAAAAUGUCGAGAAGAAGAACAGGUUGGGCCGGACGGAGCUCCACAAUGCCGUCUGCCGGGGUGACGAAACGUGCGUCCGGCAGCUGCUGCGAAAUCGCGCAGCUGUCGAUGCCAAGGACGGAAGUGGCCGGACACCACUCCACUUGGCCAGCGAUGCUGCCAGUGAGGUCGGAGUCAAACUCAUCGAGCUGCUGCUGGAGGCCAGGGCCACGACUGAUGCCACAGACCUCAGCGGCCUGGAGCCUCAGCCUCUGAGCUCUUCGGAGCUGAUGAAUGUGUGUGAUGUGGAUGUUGACUGCUUGGGAUUUCUUGGUCUCACUCCCUUGAAUUUGGCGUGCGACUCCAAAUACACGGAAGCGGUGGCAGUUCUGCAGAGUGUUGAGGGCUCAUCACGAGUUCCAGAAGAGCUAGCCGAGGAGCACUUGAACACGCAGUGUGCAGAGAUCUCGGACUACUUCGCCAAGAGGUAUUUGGCCGGCGAGCUCUACGAUGGCAGCGGCUAUUCCAACAGCAAUGUAGGGGAACUUUUGACCUACAAAUACGAAGCUUCCGAUGGAGAUGUGAUGGUUUGGCAGCAUGCCUUCGACCUACGGGCCUUCGGGAAGCAAGGCGAAGAAGUGGUCACUUUGUACCACUACACCGACGAACUGGCCUUCCACAACGUCGGAAACUUGGAGCAGACGGCCGCGCAGCUCUUUGCGUCCCUGGUGGACGAGCGCGCUCACUUUGGCAAGGGCUUGUAUGCCACGCAGCACGAGCCUGCCGUGUGGGCCUCACGUCUUCGGAUCCUGCUGAACAACUACUCGAACGGAGACCCCUUCAGCCCGACCCCGGAAGAGGCUCGAAAAAGGGAUGCGGAGUGGGGCAACGGCAGAAAGUCUGGCCAUCGAGCGGCUUUCUGCAUUCCGCUGAUUGUGCCGCGCUCCAUUGCCUACAACAUCUUCGAAAGACACACGCCAGACAUGGCAGAGAAGACGGUGAAAGAUUCAGCUGGCCAGGAGCGCCCCAUCAAACUAGGCGAAGACUACCUGGGCCGACCUGUACACCGCAACCGAGACGUUUGGGUCAUCAGAGUGGAAACAGACUUUUGGAUGGGAAAGUGCAGCAUGCAGCGGCCGGAUUCCGUCCUGGACCUUCUGCAGCUUCGGCUGCGGAAGCUUCGCGCCAGCGCGGGCGAGGACGUGUUGAUGGCAGACUGCAUGUUCGAGCUGGCCCGGAGGCUUUACGGCCGCGCCCGGUAUGGAGAAGCGGAAAAAUUGGACAGAGAGUGCCUGCGAAUCCGGCAGGUCAAACUGGGCGAAGACCACCUAGAUACUUUGCCCAGCCUCAACAAUCUCGCGAUGGUCCUCCAAGCCCAGGGGCGCCUGGUGGAGGCCGAGCCUCUUUACCGCGAGGCCCUAGAGAAGAGGCAGGCCAAACUGGGCGAAGACCACCCAGAUACUUUGAACAGCAUCAACAAUUUGGCUCUACUCCUCUACGCCCAGGGGCACCUGGCGGAGGCCGAGCCUCUUUUCCGCAAGGCUCUAGAGAAGAGUAAGGCCAAACUAGGCGAAGACCACCCAGAUACUUUGCUCAGCCUCAACAGCCUCAACAAUUUGGCUCUACUCCUCCAAGACCAGGGGCGCCUGGUGGAGGCCGAGCCUCUUUACCGCGAGGCUCUAGAGAAGAGCCCGGGAGCUCAGCUUCAAAGAUUUCAAAGGGACUUUGGGCAGUGGACCUGGAGUCACACCUUAUUGGAUUUUCGUACGGCCAAACUGGGCGAAGACCACCCAGAUACUUUGACCAGCCUCAACAAUUUGGCUCUACUCCUCUACGCCCAGGGGCACCUGGCGGAGGCCGAGCCUCUUUUCCGCAAGGCUCUAGAGAAGAGUAAGGCCAAGCUAGGCGAAGACCACCCAGAUACUUUGAACAGCAUCAACAAUUUGGCGGCGGUCCUCGAUGACCAGGGGCAUUUGGCGGAGGCCGAGCCUCUUUACCGCGAGGCUCUAGAGAAGAGGAAGGCCCAACUGGGCGAGGACCACCCAGAUACUUUGAACAGCAUCAACAAUUUGGCGGCGGUCCUCGAUGCCCAGGGGCAUUUGGCGGAGGCCGAGCCUCUUUACCGCGAGGCUCUAGAGAAGAGGCAGGCCAAACUGGGCGAGGACCACCCAGAUACUUUGAACAGCCUCAACAAUUUGGCGGCGGUCCUCAAAGCCCAGGGGCACCUGGCGGAAGCCGAGCCUUUUUUGCGCGAGGCUCUAAAGAAGAGGAAGGCCAAACUGGGCGAGGACCACCCAGAUACUUUGCUCAGCCUCAACAAUUUGGCGGCGGUCCUCAAAGCCCAGGGGCAUUUGGCGGAGGCCGAGCCUCUUUACCGCGAGGCUCUAGAGAAGGGGCGCCUCAAGCUGGGGAAGCAGCAUCCGAAUACCAUGAUGACCAUCUACAACUUGGCCGUCCUGUUGAAGUCGAUGAAGAAGUUCGAAGAGGCCGAAGAACUCUUCCGCGAGGAGCUCGCGGCCUGCAUAUCACGUCAUGGAGAACACCACGAAGAGACCCUGGAUUCCAUGGAAAAUUUGGCGGAGUUUCUCGAGGAGCGCGGAAAAGUGGAUGAGGCACAGGAACUUCUGCAUUUGGCCGGCCGAACUGCUCAGUGA